UAAUCUGUGUCAAAUUGUCGCCGAUGAAUUGUCACUUUUUCGGUUUCCCGUAUAAAGUUUAUUGCUGUGUUUUUACUUAAAAUAGCUGGAUUUAUUUACAUAAAGCAAAAUGUCUAUUUUAGCGUAUAACGGCGGCGCCGUGGUCGCCAUGAAGGGUAAGGACUGCGUGGCCAUCGCAACAGACAAACGUUUUGGUAUUCAAGCUCAAACUGUAUCAACUAACUUCCCGAAGGUGUAUCAGAUGGGUCCCACGCUAUACGUCGGCCUCCCCGGCUUAGCUACUGAUACACAAACAGUAUUCCAGAGAUUAAAAUUCAGAAUGAACCUUUAUGAGUUAAAAGAGAACAGAAUGAUGAGGCCUAAGACAUUCUCCGCGAUGCUCUCCAACCUGCUGUACGAGAGGCGCUUUGGACCCUACUUCAUUGAGCCAGUCAUUGCCGGGCUAGACCCCUAUGAUAACCAGCCCUAUGUCUGCAAUAUGGAUCUGAUUGGCUGCCCCAAUGAGCCUGAAGACUUUGUGGUGUCGGGAACAUGCUCAGAACAGUUGUAUGGUAUGUGUGAAGCUCUGUGGGAGCCCAACCUGUCCCCUGAUGAGCUGUUUGAAACUAUCUCACAGGCACUAGUAAACGCAGCCGACCGUGACGCGAUCUCCGGUUGGGGCGCGGUGGUCUACAUCAUAGAGAAGGACAAGAUCACGGAGAAGCACGUCAAGACGAGGAUGGACUAGGUUUAAGAUAUGUCGGCCGGUCGCGAGCUUUUCUUAAUAAAAUAUUCACUAAA